GGCAGCGACCAGACGUGGACUAUACCAACAACUUCUGUCGGAUUUCUAACAAGUGUUUCGUUCCACUUUUUUUUUUCACCGCCACGCCGCACUAUUUCUUCACUUUCUAAUGUGAGAAACAAAACCGUCCGAAAAUGUCCCAGGGAUGUAGAGUUUCUGUGGAAGAAGUGCAGUCUUGGUGGGAAGUCCCCGCCAUAGCCCACUUCUGUUCGCUGUUCAGGGCAGCCUUCAUCCUCCCCGACUUCGAAAUAGAGGAAUUGGAGAAAGCUCUUUCAGAGCAGGACUUUAACUUCCUUGGGGACCUUAUUGCUUGUCUUUUGCAGGGAUGCUACCAGCGCACCGACAUAACUCCCCAGUGCUUCAGCCGCUACCUGGAUGACAUCAUCAGCUACAGAUGGGAGCUGGAAGAAGGGAAGCCCAACCCACUUCGAGAUCAACCUUUUGAAAAUCUGACCCCUCGCACUCAAGUGGAAUUGCUGCACAGACUCUGCGACUACCGUCUGGAUGCUGCUGAUGUGUUUGACUUGCUAAAGGGACUGGAUGCCGACAGUCUGAGGGUGGAACCGCUAGGGCAAGAUGGGAAUGGAGCCCUCUACUGGUAUUUUUACGGCACUCGGAUGUACAAAGAAGAACCACUCAAAAGAAAAGCAGACAGAAUCAGUGAAACCCCUGAGUUAACUUUACCAGAGAAAAAGAAAAGGGGAAGACCACCAAAGAAGAGAAGAUUGGAAGAUACUGAUCUAAGUGAGUCAGAAAGCGAAGAUGAUUCCGAAAAUGGACUGGAUGAUCUACCUCCUACUAAAGGCUACAAGCGAGGCAUUUGGUCCCUCGUGUGUGAUACAGAAGAAGAGUGGGUCAGCUUGGCGGAAAGCGCAAAGGAUAAAGAAUCUCCACAAGACCGCCACCUCUACCGUGUCAUCAGCCAGAAUUUUUUGCCUGAGAUACGCAGCAUGAUUGAACACAAGGAGCGUGAGCAGAAACAGAAGCUUGAAGAUCCAACUCCAUUCCGUACAUCAGAAAGGUUCACUGAAAAACACUUAAACCAGGCGGAUGAGGACAAUGUGGCGGCCACUGUGGAGUUAGAGAAGAGAAAAGAUGAAGAGCUGGACAGGCAGGUCCUGCUGGCCGAGCAGCGGCAAGAGGAGGAAAGGCUUCAGCAGGAAGAAAGACAGCGAGAGAAGAUGGAAAAGAUCAAAGCUGUGGAGGAGCGGGCAAGAAGGCGAAAAAUGCGAGAGGAAAAGGCCUGGCUACUGUCACAGGGAAAAGACCUUCCACCAGAACUUUUGAAUUUAGAGCCUUCUUCACCAGUCCUCAGAACACGGAGAACUAAAGAAUUCUACGACAUGGAAGAUGACUACACAGGGUUAUACAAAGUGCUGGAGGCUUUGAAAGCUCAUAAAGAUGCCUGGCCUUUCUUAGAACCUGUGGAUGACUCCUAUGCCCCCAAUUACCAUGACAUCAUCCAGGCUCCCAUGGACCUUUCUACUAUUGAAAGGAAAUUCAAUGAAGGAGAGUAUGUUUCCAAGGAGGGGUUUAUUUCUGACGUGAAGCUCAUGUUUGAAAAUUGCAUUGAGUACAAUGGAGAAGACAGUGAGUACACUGUGAUGGCAGAGUCUCUCGAGCGCUGUUUUAACCGAGCACUAUUAAAACACUUGCCAUCAGAGGAUGGUGACACAGAUGAAGAAUUUCACAUCAGCAGAGAAGACAAGGAGCGCAAGGAGAAAAAGCGCAACCGUAGCAGUAAACAUUUGGGACCGGAAAGUUUGAUCAAAGCCACUGAGGAGGUCCAGCGUAAACGAAAUGGCGUAGAAGGCAAAGGCAAAAUGCCAUCAGAGAACCAGGUUAGUAAGUUGGUACGACUACUUCCGACAUCUAAUUGGGGUAACCGUCCACCUCACUCCUACAACCUGAGCCAACACCACAAUCAAGAAGGACACAUCAGGGGAAUGUACCAGCAUUUACAUCGUCCUCCUGGGCCUCCUGGUCCUCAUGGUCCACACAUGUAUGCUCAUAGACUGGGCAUGGAUCCUCGCUUUGCCUACACAGGUCACAUUUCAAGGCAUGGAGACUCCAACUUUAACCAUUUGCCACCCAACUUCAACAUGCAGCAUCGCAUGGUUGAAGGACCUCACAUGGGCCAAAGGUAUACAAUGGGACCUGAUGCUAACCAGUCUCCUCACCAGCAACAGCAUCCUUACAUGGGUCCAACCCAUGGCCCAUCUCUGGGCCCCCGUCCAAUGGCCCUUCAACUUAGACCUCCUCCCGAAGCCAGUAUAUACCCAUCACAUCACCGUCCAGAGGGCCUCACAAUGAACCCAAUGGGUAACCGAUUAUCAGGACUCGAAGGACCUUUGCAGCAAAACUACACUGGAGUGAGACCUUCUAGUAUGGUGUUGUCCAACAUGUGGACUAGUAUGAAUAACCAGCAUGCAGAGAGACCCAGUGGAAUGCACAUGCCUGACCUUAACGUGGUCAACCAGCACAACUUAAACUGUGGCGGAGACCCAUCCCCAAUGGAACAUAAACAAUGGCCAGAAGCUGCUGGAUAUCCCCAUCCUACUCCCAAUGCCCAAUGCCAAAUGUCUUCACUGGUGAGCUCCUCGGGGCCCAUGCCACGACGACCCCCCUUAAGCCACUCAGACUCCUCUUGCAAAACACGGCUGGCUUCUAUGCUGGAAAGUCCGGAGAUGCUGGCUUUGCAGCAGCUGUCAGCCUCUUCUGGACCCCCUGCUGGUUCCCCCCAUCAGCACAUGAGCCACUUUCAGCAGCCAAGGCCCCCGUCAGGAUUUGGCAGCAUCCCAACUCACCCCUCUCAGCAGCCUCCCUCUGCUCCUGAGGUUCAGCUGCUGUGUCCUGCCAGAGACAAUGGGCCAGACAGCCAGGCUUCCCCACAGACAGACACACAACCACAAGGCACACCUGUUCAACCCCUUUCAAAUGAAACUUCACCAGACAGCACAAUUUUAUUUAACCAGGAACACCCGUCCAUUCCAAAACUCACAGAGCUCCACAGUGGUCCAGCACAGGAAUUGCACAGCCCCUGUGACCCUGACUUUAGUCGUCCUCAGGAAAAUGUGCAAGGAGAUAAACUUGCACACAGUGGAGCAGAGUACCCUGAACAUAAAGUAGAUAGCCAACGCCAAAAUAAUGCUUCCGCCUCUCUGCCCUCGCACUUCAACGCAAGCAAUACCAAUUCCGCAGAUCCCAUCACACACAACGCAGCUCAGCUCGCACAGAGUAAUCCUCAACAAAAGACCCAAAGUCCUGCACUCCACCCAAGCGUGUCACCAUCCUUAAUGACCAUUUCUGAAAACAACUCACCACGCCACCCAAAUUUACAUCAGCGACAUUCAACCCAAGAAACAUAUUCAAAUAGGGCACCCCGAAGCCAUUGUUCUAACUCUCCCUCAAGGGUCCAGAGUCAAAACACUGCACAACUGCAAUCUCCUCAUCUUGUCACCCAAAGCGACUCCUCACAAUGUCCUACACAGAGCAGCUCUAUGCCACAUGGUGCCUUGCAAGGAGCCCAGCCUGGACUUCCUCAACCAGCUCCACUAACCUCUCUGCCACCCAGCCACCCUACACUACACUUACCGGCCCAGCCCAGCCCUGCAGAACAUGGAGAUCAAAGACCCUGUGAGCCCACAAGUAGGCUGGACUCCAAAGGUCAACAUUUGAUACAAUUUGGACCUUCAAAUACUGCUUACAAACAGCAGGUCUUUAGUCCCAACACGCUUAAAACCCAGAUGGUCAUUGGUAACCCAGGUAUGCAAGCAGACAGGAGUCUUGCACUUUCUCACAAUACACCCAUGCCUCCUCACUGCCAAGGACAGGUAAAUGGAGCCAUGUACACCAUAGACAAUCUUCCACAUUUACAGUACAGCCAGACAAACAUGACCAGGCCUGUCUCUCAUUCUGCUCACCAUCCAUAUCACAACCCGACCCUCAACACCCUCCACAAUACCCAAGACCACCCCAGCUAUCACCAGCAUCAAAGAAAUGCUUAUUCCUAUCACAUGCCUGGCCAUCAGCACCGCCAGGCUCAGGCCAGCAUGUACAUGAAUCAUCCAUUCCAGCAGGAACACUAUUACUCCCGGCCAGAGGACUGGCAGCGGUCUCAUUAUCAGCCUCAGCAGUCAAUGCCACCAGCUGCCUACCUUCCUGUGUGCAGUGCCAAAGGCAACGGCCAGGCCAGUGAGAGUCGCGUGUCAUCGGCGGGCUCUGAGGGCUCAACUGGUGUUAGUUUGGUGUCCCCUGGAGCCGUGACUGAAGCCGGGCUCCUCCCUGGAGGCUUGGAAGACCGACAGCAUGAAAGCAGUGGUGGUGAUAGCCCAGAAAAGUGCAGUCAUUCCAGGGGAAGCAUGGAGCGACCUGAAAGUCCUAAAGAAAUCCUGGACCUGGAUUGCCACAACGCUGCCGCCCGCCAUUGUAGCACGCAGCCACAAAUGCCCUCUGGCUUCAUGUACGACCCUCGCACCAUUCACCCUGGAUUACAGCCAGGUGGUGCUCCUCCAUCUCACUUGGUGUCUCAAGGCAACAGAGUUGGAAACGGAAUCCUUUACACUCGGGCCCCAUACCCAGAUCCAGGACGUUAUACUGCACAGCGACCUCAUCCACACCUAAUGGAGGCUCUCCAGCGGCCCCAGCAGCUGCCUAUCUCCCCCGGUCAGAUGCGCUUGUCCAUAUACCCGCGCUCUGGUGGACACUUUCAGGGCAUGAUGAUACAGCAGAGAGGCUUGGCGUCCGAACACUUCCUGCACCCGGGGCAACAGAUGAUGACUGCACCCGGCGGCUCAAGCAACAAACAAGGAGUGUAAAAUACGUUACGUUGUUACAGCAUGACAAAGUGAGCUAAAUGAAAGGUUUGGGCCUGCUGACAGGCUUUUACUGGCUUCCAUUUUGGUCAGACUUGAACAUCCUUCAUGAAAAGUCAUACUAUUGAUGUAACUACUGAGCCCUAGUGAACAAGAACCUUUCGAUUGUGUUACUUGUAGGGCUGCAAUGUUAGUUUCUCUUUGCUCAAGAAGACACAACACUGACUUUUACCACUAGGCCAUAAUGGAGAACACUGGACACCCCCUCUCCACUGUGAACAAUAAAAGUAUGGAUGAAUUCACUAGAUACAUCCAUCUGCCCUUAAUGACGUGGCAGACAGAAGGGAAGAGACUUGCACUGCGAUCUAAAACGUUCAUUUCCAACUGGUUUGUUAAUCUCAGGUAUAGAUUAGGAUGGUACACCAAUCAAGUCCGGUUGUCUUGGUUGGUUUUGUGAAUGUAUGAGUGAAUGUUUAGAUGCAUCAAAUCAAGCACACUUGCUGCCAUUAAGAGUGUUGAUGAACAAACUUCCUGUCCUAUUUUUACAUAGACAAAUAGAAGUUUCAAUGUGGUCUUGUGAACUGCCUUCUUUACUGAGGAGUAUAGGCUAAAAUGACACUGGUUGUAUGUGAUUGUACCUGACUUAAUUAUAUGCACUAUGGCUUUGUUAGACUAAACAUCCUCAACGUGAGUGGCCUUGCAUAGUCUUUCAUUGUCCAUCAAUGCUUGUUUAUUGUAAAUAAGUCUAAAUCCAUUAUUAGUGAUGAAACCCCCUUCACCUCCAAGUAAGGGAAUCUUUUCAGGUGAUGUCUCAUCCUGCUUGUUGUUGCAUAUGCACACAAAAUCUAUCUACUCUGAUCCUUUGGCAUUCCACAUUGGUUAACGAGGUGCUCUAGAUUUGUUAACAGCCUCGUUCUCUCCAUGCUGUCAUCUGUGAUUUGCUUCUUUUCUUCUCAGGGAUUACACUUUCUAUACGGGUAUUUUUCUCCACUGUUUAUUGGAACAGGUGCAACGUAGACACAUUUAACUGCCGGUACAUGUGUUGAGGUUGACCUCAAGUUUAAUGUGAGGAGCUUUUAUUUUUUAAAUAGUGUGACUACAAUUGAAAUGGAUGGCUGUUCUUUUAUUUCUGUGUAUUUGACAUCAUUGGUUCUUCAUUUAUUUGAAGGUUCUUUGAACACCAUUUGUCAGAGCAGCUAUAAUUUUAUAAUUGUUUUUUUUCCUCAUCUAUUUGGCAGCAAAUUAAUCUACCUCAUUGAGUCAAUCUGUAGGAUCCCGUGAGUCUAAUAAUAGGGUUACCGACUCCUUAGCAUUUUGAUUAUAAGUUGUCACGAUGAUCUGCUACUGCUCUACCAAUUGAGAUCUUGACAGAAAAUGUAUGUAAUCUUCACGAUGAUCUGCUACUGAUCUACCAAUUAAGAUCUUGACAGAAAAUGUGUGUAAUCUACAUAUGUAAUGACAGCUAUGUAAAAAUGAAAGUCUCAUAGUUUGCCUUUAUACCUGCACAAUUUGGACUAAUGGCUUCAAUGUAAAUCCAGCAUUUUGGCAGGAAUGUAAUUCAUAGCAAUAGCUGCAUAGCAUUGUAAGUCUCAUUGAAGGAGAAUUCUCAACAGGCGAAAUAUUUCACAUUGUGAAUUUGUUUCAAUUUUAGUAGCUCUAAUGGGGUCUGCUCUUGAGGUAGUGUCUACACUUGUGUUAUCUAAUCUGCAGAGUUGCAAAAUUUCCAAGUGUUUGUGUGGGGUACUGUGUACAGGUUUGUGUGUAAAAUUAGAAGCAGGUCUCUGCCAAGUGUGUGCGCGCAAGUCCGCUGUGAUGCACUAGUAAAAAACAUUUACAUGUGAAUUCUAUUUAUUUGCCCCUUUAAGAAUUUGUGUACAUCUGUUGGACGUGUUUUAAUAUAAAUGUGUUGUCUUUCUUUUCUUUGUGUGCGUGCGUGUGCGCGUGCGCAUGCGGUUGUUUACCUCGCUCUGAAUUGGAAAUUAAUUACCUGUAUAUUUUUUUCUUGACUGACAGAUUGUUUGGGAAAUGGACUGGAGUAUUUUCUAUACUGUACAUUUCUUAAAAAUAAAUAUCUUUUUCCU